GGUUACCCGGUGUAUAUGCUGCCUGAAUGACCUCACUUUGUCUAUGGUAACUCCUAGGUAGGCUAGUGAGUUAGAAGAGACGACCUGGGUACCUCCAAGCAUGAAGCUUCUAGAAAAUGUCUCCAAAGUAUUUCGAGGUAGUCUUCAAAUUCCUUGUAUGGGCUAUAUGGCGAAAAGUAGCACUAGUAGAUAUUUACACCAGGUUACCACAGCUGAGGAAGAUUGGAAAUGCCGUUUGCACCCACCCGCUCUACCAACUGACGAAAUAACCUGGAUAUGUUCAGAAUGCGGAGAUUGGAUGUGUAAACCUAGCGUAGAAUUGCCAAAGAUCAACAUGACCGUGCACGAAGCACUCCAGAAUCCCGUUUUAGGAAUAUCUGAGCCGUUAUGCGACGAUCUGGUGGUAUGUCUAUCGAACCCGAGGUAUCAAGUACUCAGUUGA